CACUGCGCGAGGUCGCACGCGCCGCUGACGGGGUCGGCGGGGGGCUCAUCACCUUGACGGCCCGAUGACGGCGUCUUGGCAACUUACGCGAUUCAGCCGUAAACCAGCUGAUCGUUGCACCUCCGUCUUUGUACUCGUACAGUUAUGCACUUUGCCGUAGUAUAGAUACCCGACCGUAUUUCCUAACCCAUUGACCAUGUAUCUCCCCGCAUCCUCCGCAGCUGCAAUGAACUCACUUCCACCAGCUCCAGUCAGUACGUCGAAUCCGUCGCCCCAAGAUGCCUUGCGUGAGCAGUUCGUGCGCCCGGGCGACGUGAUGUCGGUCCUCCUCAUUCUCGGCGGCGAUGUCAUCCAACGCGCGCUCGCGCAACUCUCGGGCGGCCCCGUCACUCCCGUCGCCUUUUCGUUCGGAUGGGUUACCUACGCGAUAAGCGCACUGCUCGCAGCCGUCGGCGACAACAAGCUCAUCCCGCUGCCGGACUCCCCCGGCCUCGUCAUCAACUCGCGCAGCCGCUACAGUCGCCAGAACAACUCGUGGAUCGUGGGACGCAUAAUCCGCGACUACGAGUUCUGGCGCGACGCGCGCAUUCGACAGGCCGAAGCUGCGUUUCUCAGCAAGGCGGAGCAGGGUCGAAACCUGCAGCUCGCCAACGACGCCGCCGCCGCCGCCGCGGAAAAAAACGUUACCGUGCCACCAUCCGCCUCCGAUGCCAGGCCCAUCCGGAUCGCGCUCUCGGUUGCCGUCUACGACGCAAGCCCGCAUAAACAAGCGGGCGUACCCGACCACGAUUGGUUAUACUACAGCGGCGUUCUAUGUGCCGUUGUGCAGCUAGGAGUCGCCGCCAUACCGUGGGGACUGUGGGGCGACUGGUCGAUCAUGAUGACCACGGCCAUUGGUAUCACCUUUGCUUUCGCUUCCGGUUCGCUUCCGCAGUGGAAGGCCGAGAAGUACAAGUGUCGGAAAGGGACCAAGAAGACGGUGACCCUGACUCGCGGCAAUGGCAACAACGAUUGCAUCGUCAUUAUCGGCGGUGGAUUCGGGAUGGAUAUGGAAGACCUGGCCGCCGGACAGGGUGUCGAUAUGCCGCACACGCGCAUCUAUACUAGCAUCAUGGCCGUCCUCUGGAUUGCGUUGUUGAUCGCUGUCUCUGGCCUGAAGGAGAACCCCUGGUUCUUACUGGUCGUAGGAGUCAUCGGUAUGAUUCAGAACGUCAUUGUCUGUGGCGCUCCAAGGCGGCCGGGCGCUUUUGGCGUUCAUAUUGAGUACAGGAAGGCAUUCGUGGGUGGAAAAGUUAUGGAGGUGCUCCAGCAGCUGGAGGAAGAAUAUCCGCGUUUAGGGAGAUCCCUCGUUGAUACCUACUUUCCCGGCGGCCUCCGUCCCCAUGAGGAGGUAUACUGGAAGGAGGCGGAACAGAAGGCGGAGCUGGCGGAGAAGGCAGAGAAGGCAGAGAAGGCGCAGUAGGCGGGUGAAAACGGGAGGGGGACGGUCUGAUGCGUCAUGGCUCAUGCGUUUUGUUUACGAUUCUCAUCGCUCACAAGUACGGAUGGUGGUCUGAGCUAUGAUCGCGCCGGUCAGGCAGUGCAGGAUUUGAGCGGGGGGGCGGGCCAAGCCGGGCCCGGCCGGGCGGGUAGGGGAUGAGAAAUACGAGGAUUAGGGGCCGGAGGACGAAGACCCAAUGGAAACAUGAGAGAGGCAGGCUGAAGAUAGCCUGAGCGGAGGAUGACCGGUUUUCUUUUUCUGGGGCGGCGCCAAUUGGCAUGCUCCUUUAUGUACGCUAUGUAUUACAUAGUGUGUCCUAGAAGGACGAUUAUGACGAUUAUGAUUAUGACUUAAUUGACCUACACAUGUUAUUCCAU